AUCUUGGUACAAGCCAACCAAAGAUAUCAAGCCUUCAGGGUAGUCGACUGCUAGAGUCCUCCCUCCAUCUCAUCGACCAUCGAAAAAGCCAUGGCAGUCGAAAUCAACCAACUCGCUACCGACGCAAUCACCGCUCAUGCUUUCAAUGCCGAUCGCAGCCAAUUGGCCGUUUGUGAAAACUCAAACCAAGUCAAAAUUUAUCAGAAAACCCAGGCUUCAUCCUGGACAUCAAUCCAUACUCUUUCAGACCAUGAUAAGGUAGUAACUUCGAUCGAUUGGGCACCAGGAAGAAACCAGAUCGUGACGGCCUCACAGGAUCGCAAUGCAUAUGUAUGGCAAUACGGGCCGGACCCGCUCGAUCCGACGAAACCAGCGACCUGGCAGCCAACCUUAGUCUUAUUACGAUUGAACCGAUCUGCGACCUUUGUGCGAUGGUCACCGGACGAGGCUAAGUUUGCGGUAGGAUCGGGGGCGCGGGCAAUUGCGGUGUGUCAGUAUGACGACGAAUCGAACUGGUGGGUGGCCAAGCAUCUCAAAAAGCCACUCCGUUCUACCGUCCUCAGUCUGGCCUGGCAUCCCAACUCGGUCCUGCUUGCCGCCGGCUCGGCCGAUGCCACCUGUCGGGUCCUCAGCGCUUACAUCAAGGGGGUCGACUCUAAGCCGGCUCCGACGGUCUGGGGCGAGCGAAUUCCGUUCAACACGAUCUGUGGCGACUUCUCCGCUCCCUCCGGCGGCUGGGUCCACGACGUCUGCUUCUCCCCAAGCGGGGACGCAUUGGCCUUCGUCUCCCACGACUCUGCCGUCACUCUCGUCUAUCCCAGUGCUCCAGAUUCGCCCCCACAUGCGACCCAUGUGAUCAAGCUCCCGAGUCUCCCAUUCAUCUCACUCAGUUUUUGCACCGAGGACACCUUUGUGGCCGCCGGACACGACUGUCAGCCGAUGGUCUUCCAGGGUAACGCCCAGGCCGGCUGGCAACUAGUCAAGACACUCGACGAAGGGAAGGCCGCCAGCUCGGCUCAAUCUCCACGCCAACCUGCAGGCGGAAUCGGUCGACUCAAUAACGAGGCCUUCAACCUCUUCCGUUCCGCCGACUCUCGCGGGGUGAUGUCCGCUGCCGAGGGCGCUGCCACCUCCGGAAACCGCGCCGGUGUCGACACCGUCCAUUCGAACACAAUCACCAGUCUUCGUAACUUCGCUGGUAACCCCGGCGCCGUCACUCAUCUCAGUACCUCUGGAGUUGAUGGCAAGCUUGUUGUUUGGGAUCUCAACGGUGGAAGCGCCGCUGGAAUCACUAAAGCUAUCAGUAGCAUGCAAGUCUAAGAGAAACAGAAAUGAUUACAUUGUAAACGAGACAAAUCUCUUUUUUCUCUGCAAUUUUUCUAUAAUCCAAAGCCUCACUUCUUCCUGUACGAUAGAUACAUUCAAAUCCAAGCUAGAAAAAAAAUUGGCUAUUCAAGGAAAAGAGACUCUUCUUUUUUAAAUGAUCCAUGAAAAAGAGAUUUUUGUUCAGAUAAAUUGUAAGUCUAAAGGAGAAAAGAUGCAUAGAGGAGAUGUGA